AUGGACGCAACUCUUCCAAAGGCAGCCUUUCUCGGCUCGCGAGAGUCGUUAAAGCCGGCACGGGUUCGCCAACACCACAGCGACGGGGACAUCGAGCUCGACGGUUGGCCAUCACCAUGCGGCGGCACCCAAAGCACAGACGACCUGUCGGAGACAAUAGAGGGCCUGUCCUUCCACUCUUCUACCUCAACUACUCGGAAUAGCGUGGCGGCGCUAGCGACCAUCUUGCCGAUACACGGCAACACCAGGCUCAGGGAGGCGCUGCUGUCGAUCCCGACACCCUCGGGGGACGGCUCGAGCCAGAUAUCCGACAGGGAGCUCGUCGACAAGUUUAACAACACGCGGUUUGCCCUGCGGUAUUACUCCGGCCACCCGGGGAGCGGCGGCGGCGGCGACAACUACGGAAUUGUCAUGCUCGAAGGCCGUCGGAGCGGGACACGAGACUCUGGCAGCUCCUCUGGCAGGCCAACGCCGCCGUUGAGAGCCAAGCGGCAACAGGGAGCGUGGUGGCGGCGCUUUGUGGACAUGUCCCCCGAGGCUCGGGAAGGGGACAUCCGGCUGCUCUUCUUGCUGUUUGUGUCGGGCCUGUUGAUUCUCAUCCUCUACUACGAAAGCACACCGCUCGAUACGGCGUCCGCCUGCUUUUCACGGCGCUGGGGGUGCUUAUCAGCACCUUUUGGGAAUACUACUUUCUCCGGAAGGUCUCCCUGGACGUCCACGUUCACGCCGUACAGCCGCUCACGUCUCUCGAGUAGAGGUAUGCUGUUCGCGCCGGCGACGACGGCCUUCUCGGGGCUUGCGCGGUCCAUCGCAGGCAGACAGGGGAUGUCGGGCGCCAUCGCGCUGGCGGCGGUGCUGUCCAAGUUCUUGCCCAUCAUGCUCUCGACGGUGCCGUUCCGGAACAUCACCACGUAG